AUGUUCAGUUAUAUUUUAUUCACACUUGUAAUCAUUCUUGCCGUUUUUCAAUUUCAACAUUGGUCCGCAUUUAUAUUAUUUUGGAUGAUUUCACUAUUUUUACCAAGUACAACUUCGGGAAGCUCUUUAAUUGCUAUUCAAAGAUUAGUAUUUUUAUCCGAUAAACUUCAAGAAUUUGUCAAAUUUUUCGAGGGAAAAUAUUUGAUCAACCAACUGCGUUUCAUCACUUGUCUAAUGUACAUGACAAAUUUUUUUGCCAACAUUUUUUUACCCGAUUCUGAAUUGUGUUUUCUGUCAAAAUCUUCCAAUUUUUUCCGCUCAUCAGUUUUUGUUUUCAAUAAUCUAACAAAUUCUGUAACCAUUAUUUUACAUUCAAUUGUUUUAUACAAAAUUCAUAAAAUCCGGCAUAUUUUGUCAAAGACAAGACGCAAUUCUGAAUUAUCGAUUAUUUUUCAAACUAUACCUGUUGCACUUACUUAUUUGGUAACUGAAAAAAAGGGCAAAUCAUGAAUGGGACCCCAAAAUAAUAAAAGGGACCACAGCAUUUUUUUGAAUUGUCUGAAUGGGACCCCGCAAAAAAGGGACCCCGUUGAAUUUUUGUAUUAGUACGAAUGGGACCCCACUGGAAUUUUAUACUGAAAGGGAUACAAAAUUUGAAGCCUAAGCCUAGGCUAAAAAUCCUAACUAAGCCUAAUCCUAAAAUCCUAACUAAGCCUAAGCCUAAAGGCCUAACUAAGCCUAAGCCUGAAAUCCUAACAAAGACCUAAAACCCUGAGUAAGCCUAAGCCUAAAGGCCUAACUAAGCCUAAGCCUGAAAUCCUAACAAAGACCUAAAACCCUGACUAAGCCUAAUCCUAAAAUCGUGACUAAGCCUAAGCCUGAAAUCCUAACAAAGACCUAAAACCCUAAAUAAGCCCAAGCCUAUGCCUAACCCCAGUGCUGAGGAUACGUCUACGUUUAAGCCUACAUGUGGUCCCAUUCUGAAAAAAUUCCAAUGGGGUCCCAUUUUUGCGGGGUACCCAUUCAGACAAUUUAAGAAAAUGCUGUGGUCCCAUUUUAUUAUUUUGGGGUCCCAUUCAUCACGACGAUUUUUAAACAUCGGGGUCCCAUUCAGUCAUUCGGGGUCCCAUUUGGGGUCCCAUUCAUUAUUUACCAAAAAGUUCUUUUUUGUUUUCAGCCAUAUCUUCUUGGAAUCAUCUGCAAUUAUUUCAAUAUUUUGAAUGGUCCGUCGUCGAUUCAUACAACUAUUUGUGAGCUUGAAAUUUUUGGUGUGCACAGAAUAAUCCCCGCCACGUUCACUUUGGCUAAUUGGACAAGGAUUCGAGAUUGGCUACCAAAAAUAUCUGCGAACAAAAAAGUCGAUGUUAUGGUUAUUGAUGUUACAACUUGA